GACACUCUCGAAACAAGGGGUGUUAACACAAUGGCAGCAGCAGCAGCGGGUAAUGGCUGGACCCCUUACAACAGCCUCACCCAGGCACCUACCAACCUGAAGGAGGCCAUUGACUGGGUCCUCAGGGUAACUGGUAAGGAUGGUAAGAAGAAUGAGGCGGCGAAGCCGCCGCAAUUCGCCUGCCUCUGCUUCUUGGCCAAGGCAGUGAAGGACCUACUGUACGAUGCCAAGGACCCGGGGUCCCCUGGUCCCAGCACUCACAGGAACUGGGAUGACCUGCUCCUAGAGCAGGAGAAGACAUUAGUGCUACCAGUGCUCAAGGACCUGGGACUCCUAAGUGGCAGCACUGGUGCUGCCAGGGAUACCUGCGCCGGUGGCACCGAGGUCAUAGGGACACUGAUAGACCAGUUGGCCCAAGGACUACAGAAGUGGGUUGGGUGGCAGGAAACAGAUGAUGAUUGUUGUCUUAAGGGAACAAAUGGGAUAGGGAAGAAGUGUACAUGUCCUGGUACUCGUGGUGGUACCAACUGUUGUAACAGUGCUAGUGCUGCUACUACUUGUCAUGAGUGUAGCACGUGUGGUACCAGUGCCAAUGGUGACACUGCCAACAAAUGCUACCUCUCGGCCUACUGCAAAAAGAAUAGUACCUCCAGUGGUGGCAGUCCCACUGAAGGAGACUACUACUGGCCCACCAUAUCCAGUGACUCCACUAAGGUCCACCUCCUGGCCCGUAUUUUCCUAGGGUCAGUAUGUCUCAUCUGGAGUGGACUCAGUCAGUUGGGGUUCCUAACGGGUGGGAGUGGCAGUAAUAAUAGGUGGAAGGAUAGUAAGCUAAAUGAGAUCAAGGAGGGUGACACGUCUGGUCUCGGCUCAUUCAUGGCGGCCAUGGGCUAUGACCUGGAUAGGUUGAAUGGGAGUGGUAGUCUUCCAGGUACUGGGAAGAAGGGAGCAGAGGUAGCCGGAAUGUUAUCGAAGGCAUUUUCGUAUCUCGGUAAUGGCACUUCUGCUGGUAGUGUAGCUGAGUACUAUAGCAGUAUCUAUAGUACAGCUAGUGCUGCCAAAGGCAGCGCUAAGAGUACUGAAUCCAUCUGUAAGCAGUACCCCCUAUUGGUACUACACAUCCUGGCCAGUGGGUACUUCAGGGCAGGCAGUGCCGGGGCUAAGGGUAUCACGUCGCCGAAGGCGCAACAGAAGACGGAUGAUGAUGCCUCUAAGAAACCCCGUCACCCACGAACCAUCCGGGAGAUCCUCUACUGGCUAAGUGCAUUGCCCUAUAGUAAGGGAUACAAGGCGCUGGUAGAGAGGAUGCAACAAAAGUAUCCUAAGGAGGAGGGCAAUCCGAAGGAAUUCGCUAAGGAUAUCAAAUUGUACGAUACCAGUGCUGGUGUCAGUACCACCCUCAAGAGGGACUGUAUUACCCACUACCUAAUGGCCGCCUGUGGCUACUGCCCACUGGUACUCAUCGGUAUCCAGGGGACCAUAGCUACCAGUGGCACUGACAGUGACACUAGUGCACCAGUAGGUAAGACGGAGAACAAGAGGUGUGAAAAGCAUAAGGAAAAACCUCAUGAGAGGUGUAAGCUUGACGAUAAGAAGACUACAGAUACAGCUCCCAAGGCAGCAGGUUCCACCGGACAACAACUCCAGCUCGGCCAAGUCUGCUACGGCGGGUACCACCUGGCAGUAAAGGAUUUCGGCCCCCUCCACGGGAUGUACGCCAAUGGGCUCUUUGGCUUUGACAUGGGCGGCUCUGCCGCCCAGUGCCUGGACCAACUGAGGAUAUAUGUCUACCACUGCUUCUACCAGCUCUAUUUCCUAAGGAAGCAAUGCAAAGAGGGGGUGGUGGUGGAAGAUAAGGUUUUGGGCUGGCAGAGUUGUAGGUAUGGUAGUGGACUUGUUGGCGCCGGGAAAGAGAACUGGAUUUGUCAAAAAUCAAGUACCAGUAAUGGGAAGUGUAAUUGUCAUAGUAGCACUAAAUCGCCACUCAUGUUAUUCCUUUGUGAUUCAGUUGAACAUAUGCAUUGUGGAUUGACAAAGGGCAAGGGUGUGAAUGAUUAUCCCGAAAUUGAUGACCACAUUGAAGCCAAGGAUACUAUUCAACCUCCACACUUUGGCAAACCACCCAUGCACUGUCCAGUUCCGAUGGGAUGGCAAGCAGAGAGUACUGGUAGUAGCACUAGCGGUGGCCAAAACAGGGAGAACCACUUCAAAGAUUUAAACAAUGGCACGCACAAGACAGCGGAACUACAGCCACCUGCGUCAGUAGGUAGUCCUGGCACAUAUCCUGCCCACUGCACUGGGAAUACACUGUCACUGCUUCUGGAGUACUACUGUGACCCAGUACAGUGCCCGAGUGGCACCCUAGUGGUCCUACUGAGACUAAUGGCCUGUAUCACUCCCACGGUGCCACGGACUCUGGGUGACCUCUUUGGGUUCUAUUACUAUAUAGUCUAUAUUGGGGGAAAGAGUGGUGGUGGUGGUGGAUAUGGAGAUAAAAGUACUGUUUCCGGGGCCUUAGGGAUAUACGAAAAGGAAUCUAGACUGUACAUGCUUUCUGUUGGUGGUGGUAAUGAAGUGGUCGAGGCACUCGGGAAAUACGGUGGAGAUUGCAAGACAGGCAAACAAGGAACCCUUAACUGCCUGAUAGGAUGCACUAACGGUGGCAAUUCCAACCAUUGCACUCCAUUCUUAUCCCCUCUCAGUGGCCAGCAGUAUGGCCAGUUGAGUCCCUUGAUGGCCGGGACCUACCUGUCAUGGUUGGUCUAUUUGAUAGAGGGGUUCGAGGGAGGAUUGCAAAGCCUGGUACAGGAGUAUAAGAAUAUACAGUGUAAGGAAGAUUGCACUAAGGUAGGUCAGGGAGCUGCUGGUGGAUGUGGUGGCAACGGAGAGUGCCGACAGGGAACCCAUGGUAAUCCAUGUGGCACUGGUGGUGCUAACCAGGGAGUCUGUGGCUGCACCUCUGUCGUAUCAUGUACCGGGGUACUACCGGUGUUGUACAAGUAUGGCUUUGGGUAUGGCAAUGUAACGGAGCUGCACAAGACACAAGUAGGUAAUGCGCAGAAGAAGUGUCACGAGUUCCUAAGCACUCUAGAGGGUGUCAAGGAUAGCGGUGAAUUCACGAAGCUCACCAACUCCAUUAACCAGCUCAUCUACACCACUAGGCUGCCCUGGAUCUUUGUCCUCACAGUAGCAUGGCUCAUGGCUGUGCUCUACCUCGCCUUUGGUGCCAUAUGGCCACUGGACUGGACACAUAUGAGGUCGCAUUGUAGAGGAUUGUUCAGGAAGGGCAGUCUGAGUCCAUGGGAGGUACUGAUGGUGGGCAAGAAGAAGGGAAGGGGUAUACUGGAGUUUUUUGGUAAGACAUAGUGGCAAAGUAGUGGCGCCUUCGGCGCG